UAGGCUGUGGUGGACGUUGUCGCAAGUUUGUCCCUCUAGUUUUCUACUUUGAAUCUGAAGUGAAGUGAAUAGGUUGAGGUUACUGUGAGCGUGUGUGAUUCGGUGGAAAGUGGUGAUCGAAUUUGUGUUGAAAGCCGGUGUUUGAAACAUGGAAGUCGCUAAACCGGAAGUGAAUGGCAACCCGUUGCCCCAGCGGCAGCAGAAUAACCAGGGCGGUCCUCAAGGAGGCCAGCAGCAGGGCAAUCAAAACCAAAACCAAAACCAAGGUGGCGGCGGUGGUGGUCCGAACAAGGGCAACCAAAAUCAGAACCGCAAUAACCAGAACCAGGGUGGUAAGAAAGGAGGUGGCCGGUUCAACAACCGGAAUAAUCAGAACAACCAGAAUCAAAACCAGAACCAGCAAGGUGGAAACCAGGGAGGAAACUUCCAGGGCAAUAAUAACCAGCAAGGAGGUGGAGACCGUGACGGAAAUCAGAACCAAGGAGGCGGCGGUGGCGGUGGAGGCCAACACGGUGGCCCAAAUCGUGGUGGCGGCGGCCCGAACCGCGGUGGACCCCGGAACCGGAACCAAGAUGGCGACCAAAGCUUUGAUCGUCGCCGUAGUGGUCCGAAUGAGAUGUACUUCAUCAACGAGAAGCUGCGCAUGUUGCAGGGACCCCUACUUGAGUUGCCCCCGAUCGAAGCGGGAGAUUUCAAAUUUUCCAGCCGCAAUCGGCUUUACAUCGGUAAUUUGACCAACGAUGUCACCGAAGAGGAAAUGACCGAACUGUUCCGCCCGUACGGUGAAAUCACGGAAGUUUUCCUGAACAAGGAAAAAAGCUACGCCUUUGUGCGUGUAGACUACUUCUCCAAUGCCGAGAAAGCCAAGCGGGAAUUGGAUGGAACCUCCCGGAAGAAUCGCAUCCUGCGAGUUCGUUUUGCUCCUAAUGCAACUGCCCUCCGGGUGCGAAAUCUUACCCCGUUUGUCAGCAACGAGCUGUUGUACAGAGCAUUCGAGGUAUUCGGACCUCUGGAGAAGGCUUCGGUGCAGGUUGACGAGCGUGGCAAAUCCACUGGCGAAGGUAUCGUAGAGUUCAAGACCAAACCGGGUGCGAUGGCCGCCCUGCGUUUCUGUACCGAAAGGUGCUACUUCCUAUCAGCGUCUCUGCGACCUGUCAUCGUAGAACCGCACACCUACCAGGACGAUACCGAUGGUCUACCCGAGAAGUCACUGCCCAAGAAAAUCCCAGACUUCAUGAAGGCGCGACAGAAUGGACCCCGUUUCGCCGAGAUUGGCUCCUUCGAGCACGAAUACGGCCAACGCUGGAAGCACAUGCAUGAACUGUACAAGCAGAAGGCCGAGUCGCUAAAGCGCGAGAUGAUCAUGGAAGAAGAGAAGCUGGAGGCUCAAAUGGAAUUCGCCCGUUAUGAGCACGAAACCGAGCAGCUCCGAGAACAGCUGCGCCAGCGGGAGCAGGACCGAGACCGCCAAAAGGCUGAGUGGGAAAUGAAGGAACGUCAAGCCACAGAAGCUAAACAACGUAAUGACAUCCAGAUGAAGCACGACGUUGAGGAAAUGCAGAACCGCAUCAAGCGCACCGAUGAGGAACUUUACCGCCGACAACAGGAGAACAACAUCUUCAUGCAGAAUCAACAGAUGGGUGGCCCGAUGCCCGAUAACGAUGACCGCCGGCAGUUUGAAAUGGGUGGUGGUAACAACUUUGGUGGAAUGGUAAGUCGAUUCGUUUCAUUCUUCUUUAGUUCCGUCGUUGAAUCAGCAAUCAACGAUAACUCAUCUUGGAGAUCAAACUUUUAUCACCCGCCGAUGCCCCUUGAUCUCACAAAUCUUGGGGUCGGCUGAAACUUUCGUUUGCCAAAAAAAAACCAAAAAAGUAACCCCUGGAAUGUGAGAGAGACCCUCUGAGUACGAUCUUCCAUUAGAACAAUUUAAUGCUCCGAGAUUACGACUGCAUCUUAUAAUUCGUUCCGCCUUCCGUGGAACUACUGUUCGUAUCCAUUCUGCAUUAAUUGGCUCCUUUUGUUCUCGACUUUUUUUUGUGUAAUCUCGCACGAAAGUUCAAUCCUGUGGAAUAUCGACCCCCUAAUAUUGUACCGUAUAUUUGAGAACGCUUUGAACAAUUAAAAUCACUCUUGAUAAGGUGUGAAUUUACGUUAAGCUAUCAAUUUACGACAUCUAAAGACAAUUCUUGAAGCUGUACCUCGGGAUAACCAUGUUUGCAUCUUACGAUUUCUGAUUUAAAAUUACUUAUAAAACGAUUGAAAACCAACUGUAAUUUUUCUGGCAUCACGUACCUAACUACUAAGGUUAUUUUCCUUUACGGAAAAGCAUCAGAUUUUGACGCUUUUACAUUGACGUAACCUUACUGUCUUACUACAUUUUAUGGAAAAAAAUAUCUGGAAGCCAUUCCGGUUUCCAAUAACACUGUAUACAUCUCACGACGAUCUUCUCAAGAAUCAACUCCGAUAGUGAUUCAUGGAUCACAUAGGGUGAUUAGCAUGUCUGCAUUUGAACUUAUCAGUAUUGGAGCGUUUCUAUUAAAUCUAUCUUUAUCCGGUUGCAACUGGUGAAUAUCGUCGAUUUUGGAAAGAGUUCGCCACUACUUCUACAUACCUACACUGUAACAUUGUUGCUGUCAAAACACACAGCUGUAAUGGGAAACAAUACAGCAAAACUGAUUACGUUA